AAUUUUAUAAUCCGGGGGUUUAAUGCAACAACUGAGAUGGGCGUGGCUGGUAAGACUUGCUUGCUUGCUUGUUUGUCUUGGAAGUGAAUGUAUAAUGGCGUUGAGAACUCUAGACCUGUCACCAGGAGAGCUGCCUAGUGACUCUAAUGGAGAUGUGGAGGAGGCUUGUCGUAGACAGUCGAUUCCAAUGUGCCCCUUAUCGCCACAUUCUGACGAUGAAGGUGAUCAGUCUACAGAUAGUGGUGAGGCAGCUGCUGUGGUUGUGAAGAAGAAGAUUUGGAAGGAGAGAGAGCAGCUUAAUGUGCUCUUCAUGAAACCUGAGGUUCUAGAGGGCUGGGGCAUUGGAGUAACUCCCCAGAUAAUCUUGGAAUGGGCUGGUGUCUGGAGGCGAGACAGUAACAGCAAAGUGCCAAUGUUUAAACAAACCACAAGCACCAGGCGUGCGGAUAUACGAGUGGAAUUCUCAGACGAAGGCGGCUGCUGGUCGAUGAUCGGGAAGCGUGCAGAAUCAGUUAAAAAGCCUGCUCCGACAAUGAUGCUAAAUCUCUCCAAUGACUACUGUGCCGAUGAGCAGGGAAAGAGGAGUCUAGUCAUCCACGAGUUUGGACAUGCCUUGGGCCUUGAUCACGAACACCAGCGCUCCGAUUUCUGGGACGCGGUGGAACCUUAUUUUGACGUCACACGAAUGAAGGAUGAUUCUCGUGUUUCUGAUGCUCACUCUGAAAAGGAUAUGUCGUCGUUCGGAAAAGAUUGGUUCAAGAAAAGAUAUGGUGAGAGAAAUGGAAUCAGACGAUUUUUCGGAAUCAAGAAGAAAUCCCAGGAGCAGAAAGUGGAAAUGUCAGAGUAUGAUUCAGACAGCAUCAUGCACUACAGUUUUGAUGUUGACUGGUUCAAGGAUCAUCGUCUUCGUCGCAAACAGAGUCUGAAAGCAAUUCCCGACACAGAGAUAGAUCCAAAGGUUAAGACGUACCUCAUGGGAGUUCACAAGAGGCACAACCGUAUGUCUAGGGACCCCUCCAGUACUGAUCUGGCUUCCUUGGAGAGUGCUUACGAUAGUUGAGUGCUGCUUCUCAGGCUGAACAAACUGCUGGAUUAUUUGUAUGUGAAUUACUGCUAAGGCUAGAGUGCUUAUUAGUAAUUGUUUUUUUUUUAUAUCAGUGUACAUGCAGGUAUGUGUCUGUUAGAGCCAGAGUGCUCCUUGUUUA